CUCCUGUCGUCUUCCGGCUGAAAAGAAGAGCUUUGCCCAGUCCGACCGCGAUCCACAGACAGCAAAGUGUGAAAGACACCGCUGUGCCAGACAUGGCUGGCUUUGAGAAUAAGUUGAGCUCUUAUACCUUAACUCAGUUAAACGAACUGCUCGAGGACGACGAAACGCUCAACAAAUUUAUCGACGACUCGGAAGAGAUUAAAGGACUACAGCAGAACAAGGAGAUGACCCUGGCUAGUAACCGUCUUCUGGCUGAGCAGAACCUUAAACUGCAGCCCAGACUUGACCACCAAAAGAAUGAACUGACCAGUCGGUACCGGAGCCUACAGGAGCCGUUUGAGGCCUAUCAGCUGCGAAAGUCCACUCUAGAUGACAGAUCUGGAAACACUCCCUUGGACACACUCCUCGCACUCCUACAAGCAGAAGGAGCCAAAAUCGAGGAAGAAACUGAGAACAUGGCCGAUUCGCUCCUCGAUGGCGCAACCCCCCUGGACACAUUCAUCGAUGAGUAUCAGAGUAAGAGGAAGCUGGCGCACAUGCGGAGAGUCAAGAUAGAGAAACUCCAGGAAAUGGUGCUGAAGGGACACCACAUGGCCCCAGCUGCACCUCAGCCCUCUCGCUCUCAGGACCUUCCCUCCAGGCCAGCCGCUCUCCAUAGAGAGGUCAAUGGUUCCCCCAUGCCGAUGCCCCGGCGGGCUCCUCCUCUUCCCCCUGUUAAAGUCACCCAAACUCCUCCUGCUCAGCCCACCGCAGCCUUCUCCUACCCUCCUACCUCUCCGUUCGCUGCGGCCUCUCCAUUCACACCCACUUCUCCAUACCCCCCUAUUCCCCCUAGAGUAGGAAACAUGCCACCCAUUCUUAACCAGGGAUACCCCAACAUGUACAUGCAGCAAUAUGCCCCACCUGUGCCCCAGAGACCCCCUCCACGCAUGGCACCCCAGCCAGGCUUCAUCAUGUAGUGAGCGAGGGACAUUACGGUCUAUGGAGAGAGAAAAAAUGAAAUGCACACUGGACAUUCAUUUUUUUUUUUUUGUAGGUCCUUCAAGCUGCAUGUUAUAAAAUGCAUGCGCUAAGAUGGAGUCUUGUCAAGUGUAAAAUUAACAAGACUUUUCUGCAAUCAAGGGGGCAUCUGCAACAUGAUCUUCAGUUUGCACUUUAGACUACUUUUGUAUUUGAUCAGUCAUGGCUGGUUAUGGAGUCAGGCUGUUCCCGUUCUGCCCUUCUCAGUAGCGUUAGAUCAAGUAAAAAAGUUCACAUGAGCCUCAGGGGCCUCCAUACAUAAUGAAGAUAUCAAAGUUAAAGAACAGGCGUUCUGUUAGGCCAUCUAGACAGAUAUGAAGAGCUACGAUUUGAUGUUUUAAUUUAAGUUGUCAAGUUCAUGCUAAUAUGUCAGUUCAACCACUUUAAUAUCUUCUGACAUAUCAUACCUGAAAAAGCUGCUUUAAAAAAAACGUAAAGCCUAUGCAAACAGACUUGAGACCGAACGGUGCUGAGUUUUUUAGGGGGGAAGAAACAAAUACAUUUUUGCUCUUCAGGUUUUCUCAGACCUGCAGCCAAAGAUGCUAUUUGUUUUCCCAGUGGAUCCAGUUUUGUGCUGGUGGCAGAAAAACAGGGAGAUUUAAUACAAAACUGAGUUAAAUGUGGGUGAAGUCAUUUGGUACUGAUGUGGUGGAUGAGAUUGGGAGAUCAGAGCUACCGCUACAAUGGAGAGAGCCUUUUGUCUCAGAUACGAGCAAAUUCGCGCUGGAAGGAGCUUAAUGGCUCGAAUUUGAAAGGAGUGUGAGUGAACGGUAGUACAUGUGGGGAAAAAAUGUGCAAAUGAGUUUUUUUGGCUUAAGUGCGAACAUUUGUGAAGCAUACAUGCUUGUACUGUCAUUACCAUGCAUACUUAAACUGAUGCUGAUGCAUAAUUGACCAUUUAAACGUUUGCAACUAACACCAUAAUCCUCCUUGUGUUUAUUUUUGCCAUCUGGUGUGAAGAUGUUUAUCGGAAAUGUGCUUCCUUUCCAUAAGCCCCACAUUUUAAUUGAUAUUUAAUAUAUUCAAACUAAUAUAGCCAUACCAUUUAACUCAGAAAUUUUGUGGUAAAAUUGGACUUCCCUACACCAUCAGGUCUGUUACAUAUCAUAUCUUGUUUUCUGUCCUUAAUAUGUAGUAUAACCUUCAUUCAUGCCUUUUGUUUUCACCCUGGAUCUGUUUUCAAUAUGUAUGUUGUUCUGGUCUCUUCAUGUGUUUGCCACCGAAAUAGCCACUUUGUGCCUAUGCUGAGCAUUAAGAUGAAGACUUGUUCACUGUGGUGAGGUGUGUGUGUGCGCGCGCGCGUGCGCUUUGUAUUCCUCCUUGCCUUCCCAUUCUAAAACAGAUUUCUUUAACAAUUAGACAUUUAUUUUUCAACAUAUAUGCUGUUUACACAGGUACAUCUUUACAAGUGCUCUUUACCUAAAUAUCAGUUGUUUGUUUUACCAGUUAGAGCCAUAAUUACGUUGCCUCAAAUUCAGGAAGUUGACAUGAUAGAAAUGUUGUUUGGAUGAAGUCCUCCAUUUAAUCACUGGUGCUACUACAUUCAUUUAAUGAGCUGAACCAAGAUGAUGUUAGUAUGCAGGCUCUGUUUGAAUUAAAUCACUCCGCGUUUGUCAGACUUGGGUUGGGUAUCUGCUUUAUGUUGAUGCUGAUGAACACCAGAUCAAGAGGUGGAAUUAUCUGGGUUCCUCAUGAAUCAGGCUGCAUUAUGUCUAGACAUUGGCUAAAUACUUGUGAAAAACAUUAUGUACUAUGUCAGGAUUGCCAACCAUCUGGAAAAACCAGCUUCCAUCCUUGAAAACUGUUUGUUUGUGUGAAUAAACAUGGUCUUCCUUUGUCUUAAAAAUAAUAAUGAUCGCUAGGUUUGUAAAAGGUAACUCGGCUGAAUGCUUUGGCUGGCAAUAACAUAGUGUUUUGUACAUUCCUAAUGUAAAAUAUGCAGACUAAGUGCUAGGUAAUGUCUGUUCAAAGUGGUAGACUUGGUAAAUGGAACUGACAUCUCUAUUUUAAAGAUAAUAAAUUAUAUCCCAUCACUU